CCCCAGUGAAUCACCAAUCAACAUCCCCGCACUGCUGUGUAUAAAUACUGUACCUAGCGGCGGGCCACAGUAUGUGCGUUGCGCUUCAUCCACUCCGGGGAGUGCAAGACUGCUGCUGCUGCUGAGACAUUGCGUUUGUGUUUGAAUCCUGGUGAGAGUGCUGCUGUCCACCAUGCGGGUGUUAGGAUCCGCGCUGCUCCUCGCUCUGCUCUGCGCCUCAUCACAUGGCAUACUGCCGCCCUCCAAAGAAGACCUCGGCCAGAUUUCAGUGCAGGGGGAGAAGUAUCUGGAUCAGCAGAUAGAGAACGCCAUCACGGGCGUGAAGGAGAUGAAGACUCUGAUGGAGAAGUCUGGAGAGGACCACAAGAAGUUCCUCACCGCCCUAGAGAAGACCAAGCAGCAGAAAGAGGAGGCGCUGGCAGCGGCUCAGGAGAUGGAGGCGCGUCUGGAGGAGGAGCAGGAGGAGUGUAACGAGACCCUGAGGGCCCUGUGGGAGGAGUGCAAGCCGUGCCUCCGGCAGACCUGCGUACGCUACUACUCACGCAGCUGCUCCACCGGAUCAGGACUCAUUGGACGACGGCUGGAGGAUGUCCUGAACAGGACGUCUCCGUUCUCCAUCUGGAUCAACGGUGAGAACGCGGACUCUCUGGCGCGCCAGGACCAGCAGCAGACGCGCGAGUUCCACGAGCUGGAGGGUCGCUAUGGCGACGUGUCGGAUGGCGUGGAGAGCGUGUUCCGCGACAGUAUGCGCGUCUUCGAGCGCAUGAGCUCGCUGCGACACCCGCCGCCGUUCUUCGGCGCGCCCCUCUUCGGCCGUCACCGUUUCUACCGCUCCCCGUCGGACGACGUCCCCCAUCACCCUGCUCACGGUUUCCACAGCUUCCAGAGCAUGUUCCAGCCCGUCAUGGACAUGGCCCGCGGCAUGUUCGACUCCUUUGGGGCCCACGAUGGGGAGCUUGGAUUCAACCCUACCGGAGGUAAUGAGAGCAUGAAUGAAGACGUGGUCAUCACCAAACCCUUCGGUGACGACCGCAUGACCUGCCGGGAGAUUCGCAGGAACUCAGCCGGCUGCAUCCGGUUCAAGGACGAGUGCGAGAAGUGCAAAGCCAUCGAGCAUAUCGACUGCUCAGGCCAGAAGCCUCUGGAGGGGCCUUUGAAGCAGCAGUUGGAGCAGGCUCUGGAGCGGGCUGAGAGGUUCACGCAGGACUACAACCGGCUGCUGCGCCGCUUCGAGGAGGAGAUGUUCAACACCUCGCGCCUCAUGGACCUCUUCAACAAGCAGUUUGGCUGGGUCUCCACCCUCGCCAACAACACACAGGCCAAGAACGGCUUCUUCCAGAUCAAAACGAUCCUGAGCAGAGACAGCGAGGGGGAGGCCCAGCAGCCUGGCGAGACCAAGGUGUCCGUAGAGUUGUUUGACGCACCCCCCAUGAGCUUCAGCGUGCCGGGAGACAUCCCCUGGAGCGACCCCAAGUUCUCAGAGGUGGUGGCCCAGGAGGCUCUGGAGUGCUACAAGCAGACCACUGUGGUUGUGAAGUAGACGGCGGUGCUGCUGGUGAUGCCAGAAGACAGCUGCAGCUGGGAUGACGAAUUCCAAACAGGCCCUUUAUGAGGACCAGAACGGAGAGAGAGGAGAGGAGGGAAAAAAAUGAAAUUAAAAUUGUUUUUAAGGAGCUUAGUAGAGCGCAACUCUUCUACCCGUAGCAAAGACCCUUCACUCCCUGGCCAUAGUUAAAAAUAGAGGCUGUGCCAUUACAAUGCUGUCACAGUCUCUUGGAAACUCUAGCAACCAUCCAGCUCUCACCUUUCACUCAGAACAGAAAUUGAACAUUAUGCUACUUUGAAUGGCUCUUCUGUCACAGUUAGUAGCAUUAAACAGCUUAUUUCUACAGGGUAUGGGCCUAGAGUUGCCCGGUCCUCCUUACUCAAGACUGCAUAUUAAUGUAUUCGGUCUUUAGUUUCCUCACCUGGACAGCAUGCUUUUGCAUGAUUAUGCAAACAGACAUUGGAUUUACCCUCUCAGAAUGUCCAGCAAUACUUCUACUCAGUUAUGGGCAAAAUUGAUCCAUCAAUCUGUUGCCACAUUCCAAAUGACCUAGUAUUACUUGUCCAGUUCAACCAGGGGAUCAUUAAACACCAGCCAAUCACCUGGCAGGUAAAACCAAAUCAUUUGGAAUAUGUGGCACUGGAUUGUAAACUACGGAAUCCAUUUUGACCAUCACUGCUUCUGCGGUCAGCUUUCACUGCAAAAUCCCACCGAUCUGGCACUCUACAGAAGAGCAAGGCCAGACUACUGUAGUGGAGCCAAUCCUUUGGCGGAAGUACGUGGGAUGGCUCACGAGGCUAAGUGACUGCUGCACAGAGCUCAAAAGUAACACCUGCCAACCGGCCAAAUGCUGGUGCUGGGGUGAGUUUCUCAAAAGAGAAGUUGUUAGCCUGUUAGCAACUUCGGUAGUUGCCAAUGGGAAAUGCAUUGAAAAUAACAAAGUAGCUAAUGUAGUAAGCAACUUUGGUUUCGAGAAACUCACCCCUGGUUUGGCUGGUAGAAAAAAAAAAAUACUAGCCACUUUAACCCAUUAGCAAGUGUGUGUUUGGUGAGUAAGAUGAGAAUCCACUUCCCAUUUUGCCUGGUGACGCUAAUUUAGAGCCCAGCUGUUGCUUGAGGAGAAUGAUGAAUACAGUACAGUGCUCAUACCUCUGUUUUGGAUGAUAUACUGUCAAAAGACAACAUUUAAAAAAUCCAAUUCGACUUAAACAUGUUUUUUUUUUUUUUAACUCGUUGCACAUGGUUUGAGGUUUGGAAAACGUAAAGUUGUUUGACAAUAAAGCACUGCGUGGAACAACA